GCUCCUGCCCCUCAAUCAUUAGCCUUCUCUCUCUCUCUCUCUCCCUCCCUCUCUCUUUCUCUCUCUCUGCUCUAAGACACAACACUUCUCCGCUGCCCUUUGAUUCUUCUUCUUUCUUACUCACUCUUCAAUUCAAUACUUCCAUUUCAUACUCUCUAUCUCUCUCUCUAUCUCUAAUAAGGGAACCAGAAGAAGAAGACGAAGAAGAAGAAGAAGAAGAAGACGACGACAACGACGACUUGAUCAUACUCAUGUCAACUUCUGACGGAGGAGCAGCCGCCGCUAACGGCGUCAGUAACGGCGCAAUCAUGGAGCACCAGCAACAGCUGACGCCGGCUAAUGGCGCCCUCUCUGUCAAGAAGCCUCCCUCCAAGGAUCGUCACAGCAAGGUAGACGGACGCGGCCGCCGAAUCCGAAUGCCCAUCAUCUGCGCCGCCAGGGUUUUCCAGCUGACCCGCGAGCUGGGCCACAAGUCCGACGGCCAGACCAUCGAGUGGCUCCUCCGCCAGGCCGAGCCCUCCAUCAUCGCCGCCACCGGCACAGGCACCACUCCCGCCAGCUUCUCUACCGUCUCCGUCUCCGUCCGCAACUCCUCCAACUCCUCCAUCUCCGCUGCCCUCGACCACAAGCCCUCCCAGCAGCCCCUCCUCACCCCUACGCCCUUUAUCCUCGGCAAACGCCUCCGCUCCGACGACGAUUCCGUCGACGCCGGCUCCGCCAAGGACGACGUCGUCUCCGCCGCCGCCGCCGGCGGAUUCUGGGCCUUGCCUGCUCGGCCGGACUUCGGCCAGGUAUGGAGCUUUGCCGCCGCGGCGCCUCCUGAAAUGGUGGUCCCUACCCCGGCCAUGGCGUCGCAGUCCUCGAUUUCCGGGAGGUACGUCCAUCAACAAGCUAUGGGCGAGGCCUCGGCGGCUAGGGUUGGAAAUUACCUCCCAAUUUCUCAGGGACAUCUGAAUUUGCUGGCCUCCUUGUCCGGCGCGCCCCCGGCUUCUUCGGGGCGGAGAGAAGAAGAUCCCCGCUGAACUUCUCUUCGACUGCAUGCUCUGUUUCCGUAUCUCAAUCUAUAUAUAUAUAUAUGUAUGUCGUUUAUUUUGUGUGUCUGAAGAUGAGAAAAAUUAUUAGUGAUCUAGGGUUAGGGUUUUAGGAUUCAGUGAGUGCUCUGCGGUAAGAAUUAGGGUUUGUGCAAUUUGAUGACCUAUUUGAUUAGGGUUCCAUCACUUUGUCUCAUUGCAUUCUCAUACCAUGGUUUUAGCCUUCGUUUCUUAAGUUUUGGGUCUUGUUGGAGGAGAGAGUCGGAGAUAAUGGUGCAUUCCUGAUUGAAUUUGGAAGGAGUGUCCAGAAAUUGACGCAAAUUCACACUGGUUUUCGGGACAAGCCAUGAAAUCCAGUUUAUUUUAGAAGCUAGGGCAUCUUGUGGACUUGUCAACCAAAGUUCCAUGGACAUUUGCUCCCCGUUCCUGGUAGAAACCGCGGUGGUUUCUUCUGAAUUCAGUUUGUGGAUUGUGGAAAUGUUUCUGAGUUGGGUUUGAAGAAUUGGUGAAGUAUCCAAUUUUUUUGCUGUAGAAGCAUGCUGUGUCUAUGCAAGGCGGUGUUUUAAGUUGGUCGUCACAACUACUAAGAUGCCGGCAAUGGAAAUUGGUGUUGCAGGUUUUGUUCUUGAGUUCAUCUACCAGUUCUUUGUGAUGAUGAUAGAUAUUGGACUUGUGUGCUGCUGCAAGUUCUGGGUGUUUGGCAGAGGCCAUAAUUGGUGAUUUUGUGGUUCGAUGAUGGUUUCGCUGCUUUGGCCGAUUGUUUCUUGUUCUCUCUUCCACUUUCACUGUCCGAAUGAUCAAGCACUCUCAAAGAGGCUGCCAACAUGAACAGAAAUUGCUCUGGUUCUUCUCUGAUCUAUGCUUGAAUUUUUAUGGGUAUUUAUCAUAGGCAUUUCUUAAAUUUGUCAGCGUGAAAAUAAUGUGUUCCCUUGUAUGUAAGUGGAUUGUUUUUGGGUGACUAUGUGUGAAUAAAAAAACCCAUCUGCUUCCUCUA